UGCAUAUAUUUAAGUCAACGGGAUCAUCUGUUACGUGUUGGUUGGUAAUAUAGAAAGAGUCUCUUUGUUGGUUAAUUUUUCCUCUUCCUCCUUAUCUAAAAAGCUAUGAGAUCUUGAUCAUACUAUUCUUAUUUUUCCUUACCAAUCUUGUUGCUACUGCAAUAUACUUCUUGGCUUUUUUGGGUACAAAAUAUUUCUACAGAAACUCCAAAGAAACAAAACAAUGGCUUCUUCUUCUUCUUCUUUAACUCUGUUGGCUCCUCCAUCUUCUCUGCCUCGCAAUUGGAUACAUCACGUCUUCCCAAGCUUCCACGGGGCAGAUGUCCGCACAAACUUUCUCAGCCACGUUCUCAAGGAGCUCAAAAGCAAAGCAAUCGACGUAUUCAUUGACAAUGACAUAGAGAGGAGUAAGCUGAUCGGCCCUGCGCUCGUAGAAGCUAUAAGAGGAUCGAGGAUUGCUAUUGUCUUGCUCUCGAAGAACUAUGCUUCAUCCACAUGGUGCUUGAACGAGCUGGUGGAGAUCAUGAAAUGCAGAGAAGAGUUUGGUGAAACAGUGAUUCCCCUUUUCUAUGAAGUUGAUCCAACUGAUGUAAAGAAGCAGACUGGUGAUUUUGGGACGGUCUUUUUAAAAACUUGUGAAGAAAAAACAGAGGAGGAGAUUCAAAGGUGGAAACAUGCUUUAUCGGAAGUGGCUCAACUCGCAGGUUACCAUUCAACAAACUGGAAGAAUGAAGCAGAGAUGAUUGAAGCUAUUGCGACUAAAGUUUCAAACAAGUUGAACCUUUCUGCACCAUCCAAUGAUUCCGACAACAUAGUUGGGAUGGAAUCUAAUAUGACAGAAAUUAGACGAUUGUUACAGCUAGGUUCGGAUGAAUCGGUGAGGAAAAUAGGGAUCUUGGGUCAGUCUGGGAUUGGUAAGACCACCAUCGCUAGAUAUAUAUUCAACCAAUGCUCCCAAGAUUUCCAAACAAGUGCCUUUAUAGGUAAUAUCAGAAGAAACUAUGCCAUGCCAGCUUAUUCCGACAAGCACAGUGUGAAGUUGUAUUUAGAGGAGAAGUUUAUGUCUCAAGUAACCAAUGAGAAGGAUAUCAAGGUUCCACAUUUGGGAGUAGCCAAAGACAGGUUGAAAGGCAAGAAAGUUCUUCUUGUCCUUGAUGAUGUGGAUCAUUCAAUACAAGUGGAAACCAUGGCAAACGAAACUUGUGUUGGUCCUGGGAGUUUGAUUAUUAUCACCACACAAGAUCAAGGGGUCUUAAAAGCAAGUGGGAUCGACCAUAUACACAAGAUGGAUUUACCAUCAUACGAUGAAGCUCUUCAAAUCUUCUGCAUCAAUGCUUUUGGUCAGAAAUACCCAAAGGAUGGAUUCGAGGAGCUUGCUUGGAACAUUAGGGAUCUUGUAGGUAGACUUCCAUUGGGGUUAGAGGUUAUGGGAUCCUAUUUUCGGGGAAUGUCUGAGCAAGAAUGGACAGAGGCACUACCAAACUUAAGGGCUCACCUUGAUCGUAAUGGAGAAAUUGCGAACAUAUUAAAGUUUAGUUAUGAUGCCUUAUGUGAUAAAGAUAAAAGAUUAUUUCUCCAUAUAGCCUGCUUUUUCGAUGGUGAAGUAGUUGAUGUAGUGGAAGCCUGUAUAAAAAAAUCCUUUUUGGAUGUGACACAAGGGCUUCGCGUCUUAUUUCAAAAAUCUCUCAUAAAUACUGAAUUCGGAAAGAUGCGUAUGCCUAAGUUGCUAAUCCAACUGGGAAGAGAAAUUGUGCGACAAGAAUAUCCAACUAAACCUCGAAAACGGCAGUUUUUGAAUGAUGCAAAGGAUAUUGAAGACGUACUUGGUGAUGAUAACGCUGGUAAUAACAGUGUCAUAGGAAUAGAUUUCGAUCACAAUCAGGAAAUAACAUGUCAAAGAGCCUUUGAAAGAUUUUCUAAUCUUCAAUUCUUAACUAUCGAUGGCAAAGGCAUUAAUCCACGAAGUAUGAACUACAUGUCCCGAAACCUAAAACUAAAAGUACUAAAUUGGUCAUUUUUCCAGAUCCCAUGUUUUCCUUCAAGUUUUAAUCCAGAGUUCCUAGUCAAGCUAGACAUGAGUUUUAGCUGUCUUACAAAAUUGUGGAAAGGAAAUAAACCGCUCAACAACCUACAGCUGAUGCAUUUGCAUUAUUCAGAGAGAUUGAAAGAGCUUCCUGAUCUCUCAACUGCCACUAAUCUUCAUGACUUGGAUCUCAGUCGGUGCUCAAGUCUGAUGGAGCUCCCUUCCUCUAUUGGGAAUGCAAUCAAUCUCAGAUUUUUAGAUCUCAGUCAUUGUUCAAGCUUGGUGAAACUCCCUUUCUCUCUUGGGAAUGCAAUCAAUCUCCAGAAAUUGAUUCUCGUUGAUUGUCCAAGUCUGGUGAAACUCCAUUCCUCUAUUGGGAAUGCAAUCAAUCUCGAAAAGCUGGAUCUCGAUGAUUGUUCAAGCCUGGUGGAGCUCCCUUCCUCUAUUGGGAAUGCAAUUAAUCUUGAAGAACUGGAUCUCAGAAAUUGUUCAAGUCUGGUGAAACUCCCUGCCUCUAUGAGAAAUCUUGGUAGAUUGUGGUAUUUGCGAUUAUACAGAUGCUCAAAGUUAGAGGUUAAUCUGGCCAACAUCAACUUGGAAUCUCUACAAGAACUCAAUCUCAAAGGUUGUUUUUCGUUGAAAAGUUAUCCUGAGAGUUCCACAGACAUUCAAGAGCUUGAUUCAUGGAGAGGGAGAAUAGGUCGAAUUGUACUAAGCGGAAUGAAGAAGCCGCUAUCACUCCUACCGCUUCUAGUAGGAGAACAUGUAUCAGAUUCGCUUUUGUUGAAAAGUGAUCAUGAGAGUUCCACAGACAUUCAAGAGCUAGUAGAUCCAUGGAUAGGGAGAAUAUCUCGUCUAGAGUGUCUUAAACUAAAUGAGAUGAAGAAGCUGGUAUCUCUCCCUCCGCUUCCUGAUUCGCUACUGAAACUAAAUGCAGAAAAUUGUGAGUCACUGGAGAGACUAGAUUGCUCCUUUGGCAACCCAGAUAUUAGUCUCAACUUCGCAAACUGCUACAAACUAAAUAAAGAAGCAAGAGAUCUCAUCAUCCACACUCAGACAAAUCAAUAUGCGGUGUUUCCCGCUGAAGAAGUGCCUCUGUGCUUCACUCACCGAUCUCCUGGCAGUUCCAUAACCGUGAAGUUGAAUCAAAAGCCAGUUGGAAAAUCAGCCAAAUUUAAGGCUUGCAUUUCCUUAUGUGCUUCUGCUGAUGAGGGGGAAGAGGAGUCUGGAAAAAUACGAUAUUGGGGAUCUAUCUGUUGUAGCAUCACGUCGGGAGGGAAUUCUCUCACUUACUGUAAAAAACAAGUAGAAGGAGUUUUGCCGGGGAAUCUGUGCACAUUCGAGGUUGAGGUUGAAACAGAGGAUAUCACUUCCACCGAGCUUCUUUUUGAUUUCGAGCUCCUCUAUUCGGCUUCCACAAAAUGGAAGAUAAAAGAAUGCGGGAUACUCCCACUCAUAGAGGUCCCUUUACUGAGAUUCAGAGAUGUCCAUGCAGAUUUUCGUGAAGAUGAUGGUGUCAAGAGACAACGUCUUUUCUGAUUCUGUCUCACUUUUGAUUCCCUAAAUAAAUGUUUACUUCUACUCCUGUAACUUCUUUUAUUUUAGUUAUCUUUGGGAUACUUCUUGAGUAUGUAAUAGAUAGCAAAACCCUCAAGUAAGGUAAAAGAAUGCGGGAUAUUGCAACUCAUGGAGUUCCCUUUAUUGAGCUUCACAGAUUACGAUGGAUUAUGAUUGUGAACCUUCACACAUUGAGAGCUCUGGAGAUUGGUGAUGAAGAUUAUAAGAAUUCUGAGCAGCGGAGAUAGCAAUGAAGAUUAUGGAACUGCUGACAAUGAGAGCUUUGUUUGUAUUUGUUAUGUGACUACAAAAAGUUUCACUAUACUUUGUGUGAGCAAAAGAAUAAUUGAAUAUGAAUUAUGAUUUAUAA